CACAUGGACAAAAUGUCAUGCAGCUCUUUUCUGUACAGGCAUAGAAGUGGGCUAGGUUUAUGUUUGUUUACAGGCAACCCUAGUAAAAAAAAACACAUCAGGAGUUUCAUCUCUGAUAUGAACAUCCCUCUUCAGACAACGAUGGGUGAUAGGAUGUCCUGGACUCCACCUCAGAACUCCAACGUUGGGUGGGACCUUUAAAACUCCACAGACAGGGGUGGAGCGAGAGAGAAAGACAAAAUAGAGUAAGAAGAAAAAUAGAAGCGAGAGGGAGGGACGAGAGAGGGACGAUAGAGUGUUACUUCACUUCGAGGAUAGGGGAUGGGGAAUUGUACCAAGCCAUCCAUGAAAAACAAAAUGAAAAAGGGGGCCGUCGAGCCCCGGGGGGACAAGCGUGGAACAGGGGGCCAGGAGGGGCCACGGUCGGAGGGCGAGAAGGAAUCGGGAGAGGACAAGGAGUUUAAGGCGCCCCUGUCUGCACUGGUCCAGAACUGCACCGUGUUACACAGCAUCGUGGGCCCUGCCUGCAUCUUCCUCAAACAGGGCUUUGCAAGCAGCCAGAUCGACAGGGACCUACGACCUGAGGAGAUUGAAGAGCUCCGCGAGGCAUUUCUGGAGUUUGAUAAGAAGAAGAAUGGCUACAUCAGCUACAAGGAUCUGGGAGAGUGCAUGAGGACCAUGGGCUACAUGCCCACAGAGAUGGAGCUCAUCGAGCUGGGCCAGUCCAUCUGUGGGGGCAAACUAGACUUUGAGGACUUUGUGGAGCUGAUGGGCCCAAAGAUGCUGGCAGAGACAGCAGAUAUGAUCGGAGUGAAAGAACUGAGAGACGCAUUCAAGGAGUUUGAUACUAACGGUGAUGGUCAGAUCAGUGUAAUGGAGCUUAGGGAGGCCAUGAAGAAACUGAUGGGAGAACAGCUGACAAACAGAGAGAUUGAUGAGAUCCUCCGAGACGUGGACCUCAACAGGGAUGGACGGGUCAACUUUGAGGAAUUUGUUCGAAUGAUGUCACGCUGAGAUAAACAGAUGGAGUCAUUGUGUAACAACUGGAAAAGGGACCACUACAUUUGUAGUGAACAUUCGUGCACCAUGCUAAUGACUGAGCAUCGAUUUUAUAACGUUAUUUUUGUUAAGCAGCACUUAUAAAGUUAUGUUUGUUAAGCAGCACUUAUGACGUUAUUUUUGUUAAGCAGCACUUACAACGUUACUUUUAUUAAGCAGCACUUACAGUAAAUUGAGUGAACACCUAAGGUAGUUCUACAAAUCUUAUAACUCAAGAUUUGACAAACAUGCAUAAAGGUGACAGAAUUCAGAUAUUAUGUAAUUGUUUUAGCACUAUCCACUCGGUAGUGGUGCGUAGGUAAAAUCACCAGGGAAGCCAAGCCAGGGAAAACAAGCCAUAGUACAGCCUAUGUGUUGUGAUAAUUGCGUCGGUUGCUCUAUAACCUGUUAGUUAUAUGCCUUCCCACCAUGAUAUAUAGGCCGAGGUAAUAUAGGCCUAAGGCCGAGACAAUAUAGGCCUAAGGCCGAGACAAUAU